UAUUCCCUUUCUGACAGUACCUCUUCUUAGCAGUUAGAACUUGCUUUGAAUCAUAGAUAAAGAGAAGUAUAUCAUUUAAAUCUUUCUACCAACUAUAAUCCUCAAAUGAAUUCAAUCCAACCUAAGAAAAUACUAGAUUAAUAUGAUUUUUUAAAGAAACUUUUUAUAGAACUUUUUUUAAAAAAUACCGUUUUAUAGCUCGAGAAGUGCGUAGAAAAUUGAUAAGUUAAUAGCUAGCCGGACGGGGCCUCACUAUUCGCCAGUCACCACGGUCUCCAUGCCGCCGCCGCUACUCAACUUCCACUCGCACUGGCUCCUCUCUUGCCUCGGCUGCCCCACCUCCGGCCGCCUCGUCCCUCACCUCCGCCUCAAACCUCUAUCCUUCUCCUAUACCACCAUCACCGGCACCUGCACGUCCUCCUCGCAAGCGCCUCGAGUCCCACCUCGUCUCCAUGGCCCCUCGCUACGCCGUGGCCGCCGCCUGCUCGGCGCAACCGACGGCCCCCUCUCAUUCGCCCGCAUCUUCGACCUCGCCGCCCUCCGCGUCCCAGCCAACGCCUGCGCGCCCCUCGAGCGCCGCCUCCGCGGCCAUCUCCUCAACUGGCCCCGCGUGCACAACGUCGUCCGCCUUCCCGGCGGCGACGGCGGUCACGACAUCCUCCUGUUCCGCACUUCCCCUCCGAGAUCCCCCACUGCCCUCUCCCCGCCGACCACGGUGGCGCGUCGUGAGAAGCUGGCUCGCGAGUUCAACUCCCGCGGUUUCGUGCAGUUCCCCAACCUUGCCAAGCUGUCGCGGCCCCCUGCGAGGAAACGUAAGGGGAAAAAGGACGAAGGCGGCGGCGAGGCUGCGGUGAUGGCAAGGAAUGGUAAAGACAAAGUAUAUGUGGUGGAGGUGGUCGGAGAAGGAAUGGUGCACGGCGACGAGUGGAUGGGGUUGGUUGGGGAAGAGGGGUUCGGGAGGAGCGCGUGGAGAGGAGGCCCCACCCGGUUGCUGCUCCUGGACGAGAGCUAUGCCAAUAGGACGGUUGAUGAGCUUCCGGAUGCUGUCAAGGUUGUGUUGGAUCAUGAAACUAACAAGGAUGGAUCUUCAGCCUGUGAGCUUGUACAAUGCCAAGUGACCUUGUUCUACGAUUACUGGCCAAUGAAUGAAUGUCCAGUUAACACUGCCUUUUCAAAUUCCAGAUACAGACCAAAAGUUCAGUCUGUACAGGUUUUAGAGGAAUUACUCCCAGAAGGAAUAAUCACUCCUACAGGAUUCGAGACAGUAGGGCAUAUUGCACACUUGAACUUGAGAGAUGAACAUUUACCUUACAAGAAGCUUAUUGCUCAGGUGGUACUAGACAAAAACAAACCAAAGAUCCAAACUGUUGUCAAUAAGACUGAUGCUAUUCAAAAUGACUACAGGAUUAUGCAGCUUGAAGUCUUAGCUGGUACUGAUUCCCUUGUAACUACAGUUAUUGAAAAUGGUCUUCGGUUCCAAGUUGAUCUUUCAACAGUUUAUUGGAAUUCUAGAUUAUCAACAGAAAGACAGAGGCUUGUUGACCAUGUUUUCAAAAAUUCUGAUGUUGUUUGUGAUGUGUUCUCUGGUGUUGGUCCAGUAGCCAUUUCAGCUGCAAGAAAGGUCAAAUAUGUCUAUGCAAAUGACCUAAACCCAAGUGCAGUGGAGUACCUUGAGAGAAACAUUGUUCUUAACAAGCUCGAAAGGAAAAUUGAGGUUUUUAACAUGGAUGCUAGAAGGUUUAUCAGUUCAAUAUACUCAAGCCAACAUAUGCAUGCAGUCACACAAGUAGUAAUGAAUUUGCCCAAUGAUGCUGCAGAAUAUUUAGAUGUGUUUAGAGGAAUCUCACGGCACAUUGAGUCAGGACUGCCUUGCGUAAUACCAAGGAUCCACGUGUACGGAUUCUCCAAAGCAGAGGAUCCUGAAUAUGACUUCCAUGAGAGGAUAAAUUUGACACUGGGUGAGAACGUGACCGACGUUGAAAUGCAUAGAGUGAGGCUUGUUGCUCCUGGGAAAUGGAUGCUCUGUGCAUCUUUUACCCUUCCAGAAUCUGUUGCGUCUGCAAAGCCAAAUUACAUUGCAUGUUGAGACGAUGGGCUAUAACAAUCUGUGUACUCCAUCCGUUUUCUAAAUAUAAUUUAUGCUUAUGGUGGCAUGCCUAUUGUCCCUGUCACUCUUUCUACUAGCUAUACUAUCGUUUCAUUGAGUGUUGCCUUGUAGGCACCUCUCUAAUGGGUCCA